AUGAUCUCCCCAAAAUACGCAUUGACCCACUACUGGCGCUCCAAAGUGACCAAGGCACCCCACGUGGUCAACUUGUACCUUGAUUACAAUUGUCCCUUCUCGGGCAAGUUGUUCCAGAAGCUUCUCAAGGUGAUCCCAGCGCUAGACGAGAAGCACCCUGGCGGAUUCCAGUUUGUGUUUGUCAACGUCAUCCAGCCAUGGCACCCCAAUUCCGUCCUCUUGCACGAGUACUCGUUGGUUGUGGCGCAGUUGUUGAGGGAGAAGGUGCCCGAGAAGUCCAACGAGCUCUUCUGGGGUGUUUCCAACGCCCUUUUCAGCAAGAAGGAGGAGUUCUACGACUCUGCCACCGUCAGCCUUGGCAGAAACGACAUUUACAAGAAAAUCAAUGAGACGGUAUAUGCUGCAGUGAGCCUUCCUUUCGAUAAGGCGGAUGUGCUCAAGAAGUUGGAGAUCCCUGCCUCCUCUUCGGCGCUGGACGCCAGCAACGACGGCAAUGGCGCUACCGUUGACGUGAAGUACUUCACCAAGUACUUGAGAGGCGUCGGCGUCCAUGUGACUCCUACCGUGAGUGUCGAUGGUAUCGUGGACGGCAGUGUCUCCAGCGGCUCGCUGCCCGAGGAAUUGACCAAGGUGUUCGAGGGCCACUUAUGA